AUGGCUACCUAUUCAGAAUCAUCAUUCAACACUGAUCAUUACAACAAUGCAAGGCCCAAUUAUCCUGAUUCUUACUAUGAAACUUUGUUAGAUUAUCAUCAAGGAGAUAAGAAUGUUGCCGUAGAUGUAGGUUGUGGAUCUGGAUUUGUUGCUUUCAAAUUAGCUGAUUCUUUCAAGAAUGUUGUGGGUACUGAUAUUUCACCUGUAAUGAUUUCACAAUGUGAAGGUAAUAAGAAGCCUAAUACUACAUUUAAAGUUUGUCCUGCUGAACAACUUAAAAUUGAUGAUGCAUCCGUUGACUUGAUUGCCAGUGCUGAAGCUUUACAUUGGGUCGACAAUAAUAAGUUUUUCCCUGAAGCUUAUAGAGCAUUGAAGUCUGGUGGAACUCUAAGCUAUUGGUUCUAUUUAGAACCAAUUUUCACCUUCCCUAAAGCCAAUGAAUUGUAUGAUGAAUUCGCUUUUGGGCCAAACCAUUUGGGACCUUAUUGGGAACAACCAGGUAAGGACAGAUUGAGAAACUGGUUAAGAGAUGACGACCCUUCAAAAUUCGGUUUUGUCGAUGUCAUCAGAAAUGAAUUUGAUCCCUACAAUCCAACACCUACAACUUUGAAGAUAUCUAAAACAAUUGAUUUGAAUGACAUGAAAAGUUAUUUAACUAGUUGGAGUGCUUAUCACAGUUGGAAAAAGGAUUCUGCCAACGACAAUAAAGUAGAUAUUGUUGACCAACUUAUUAAUGAUUUAAAACCCGUUGUAGGAGAUGGAGAGUUCGUGGUCACUUGGGGAACAGUUUAUACAUUGGCUAGAAAAAAAUAA